CGCAGCCGGCGGCGGCGUCCGUCCGUACUGCAGAGCCGCUGCCCCAGAGUCGUUUUAAAGGGCCCGCGCGCCGCCGCCCCCUCGGCCCGCCAUGCUGCUACCCGUGCCGCUGCUGCUCGGUCUCCUUGGCUUGGCCGCCGCUGAGCCCGCUGUGUACUUCAAGGAGCAGUUUUUGGACGGAGACUCCUGGACCAACCGCUGGAUCGAAUCCAAACACAAGUCCGAUUUCGGCAAAUUCCUUCUGAGUUCCGGCAAGUUCUACGGGGACCAGGAGAAGGAUAAAGGUCUACAGACGAGUCAGGAUGCCCGCUUUUAUGCCUUGUCGGCCAGAUUCGAACCUUUCAGCAAUAAGGGCCAGACGCUGGUGGUACAGUUCACGGUGAAGCACGAGCAGAACAUUGACUGUGGGGGUGGUUAUGUGAAGCUGUUUCCUGAUAACUUGGACCAGACUGACAUGCACGGUGACUCAGAAUACAACAUCAUGUUCGGUCCAGACAUAUGUGGUCCUGGCACCAAGAAGGUUCAUGUCAUUUUCAACUACAAGGGCAAGAAUGUGCUGAUCAACAAGGACAUCCGGUGUAAGGAUGAUGAAUUCACACACCUGUACACGCUGAUUGUGCGACCUGAUAACACAUACGAAGUGAAGAUUGACAAUAGUCAAGUGGAGUCAGGCUCCUUGGAGGAUGAUUGGGACUUCCUGCCUCCCAAGAAGAUAAAGGAUCCCAAUGCUGCCAAGCCAGAUGACUGGGAUGAACGAGCUAAGAUUGAUGACCCCACGGACUCCAAGCCAGAGGACUGGGAUAAGCCCGAGCACAUCCCUGACCCUGAUGCCAAGAAGCCUGAGGACUGGGAUGAAGAGAUGGAUGGGGAAUGGGAACCACCAGUGAUUCAGAACCCUGAAUACAAGGGCGAGUGGAAGCCACGACAAAUUGACAAUCCGGAUUACAAGGGCACCUGGAUCCACCCAGAAGUCGACAACCCUGAGUACUCCCCAGAUGCCAACAUCUAUGCCUAUGAUAACUUUGCUGUUCUGGGCCUAGAUCUCUGGCAGGUCAAAUCUGGCACCAUCUUCGACAACUUUCUCAUCACCAACGAUGAGGCAUACGCAGAAGAGUUCGGCAACGAGACGUGGGGCGUCACGAAGGCUGCAGAGAAGAAGAUGAAGGACAAACAGGAUGAGGAACAGAGACUUAAGGAAGAAGAAGAGGACAAGAAGCGCAAGGAGGAGGAAGAAGCGGAAGACAAGGACGAAGAGGAGGACAAAGAUGAGGAUGAAGAGGAUGAGGAGGACAAGGAAGAGGAGGAAGAGGAAGAUGCUGCUGGCCAGGCCAAGGAUGAGCUGUAGAGGCCAUGCCGCCCCUCCUCCAGGGCUGGACUGAG